CGGGAGAGGUUGUGCUGCGCCGCUGCUCCCGCGCUCCUCAGUGAACGGGGUCCGCGUGUUUUGUUUUUAGAUAAGACUGUGGUUAUAGACUAUGAUGAGGAUAUUGGGAAAGUGAGUUAAAGUUUGAUAUUCAGUGAAAGAGAAAAAUUAUAAAUAUAGUGAGUUUACGCAAUUUAAAAAAUAUAUAUAUUUAUCAAUGGUGUUAAUUUUUUGUUAAACUGGAACGUGUGAUUUGCAAAUUUAAAGAAAAUAGAAACUGGGGAAAUAAAGAGCGAAAAAAAAUCAUUCCCCCAAAAUAAACUGAACAUAAUGGAAAACUCCAAAAGAAAAUGAGAAGUUGUAGAAAUGCCCGAAGGGAGAGAGACAGCCGGUGGAGAACAGUAGAUAAAUAAGAUAAAGUAAAAAAAAAAAAAAAAUUAACCAAAAAAAAGAUACUUGACUUUAACACUAUACGUAUAUAUAGAUAAAAAAAUAUAUCUAUAGAUCUCCCGUCGAUAUGGUGAGGAUAACGUGCCCAAGCCAAAUAUGAUGAAAAGAUAAGCCAAUGAUAGCCAUAGUUUAAAUAGAUAAUUUAGAAAAGAAAUAAGAGGUAUCCCGCAGCCAAGACGAUGAGGGUGACAAAUGCCAUCAUCUGGACGAUCUGCAUCAGCAUCAUCGUCUUCAUUUGCGUCCUGUGGUUCGUCAUAUGCUACAUAGGCCUAUGCAAGCUGCGGAGGAAGAAGAAGAAGGAGCUGCUGCCGGUCUUCAACCUCCAUGCGCAUCAAGGGAGAUCUGCGCGAGGCCCAAGUUCAUCGCCGACGGAGCCACCAAAUUCGACGUCGAACAGGGUGAGCUCGGCGACACGUGGCUCGUCCAGGCUGUGUCCACCCUCACCUCACGCCCAAAUUCCUGGACAGGGUGGUGCCGCCCGACCAGGCCUUCGAUCACACCUGCCAGGUUUCGCUUCUGGCACUUCGGCGAGUGGGUCGAGGUCAUCAUCGACGACCGCUUGCCCACUUUCAAGGGGCGCCUGGUCUACCUGCACUCGACCGACCCCUCCGAGUUCUGGGCGGCGCUGCUGGAGAAGGCCUAUGCCAAGCUCUACGGCAGCUACGAGGCCCUCCAGCAGGGCUUCACCACGCGGGCGUUGCAGGACCUCACGGGCGGCAUCGUGCAGAGCUUCAGCCUGACCGUGCAAGACAAGUUCCUCACGUACCAGGUGCUCAACUCCGCGUGCCGAGGUCCACCUUGCUCGUCGCCUCGAUCAAUCUGGAUGGCCUUCGAGGACUUCGCCCGCCACUUCACCCACCUCGACCUCGUGCACGUCGGGCCGGAUGACUGGAUGAACGAGCCCGCCCUCCACUCGAAGAAGCCGUGGAGGGCGGUCUUGGCGAGGAGGAGGUGGAGGGCGGGGUACAACGCCGGAGGAGGACCGCAGUAUACAGUGUUCCUGGUGGAGAAACCGACGCUGGAAUUAGUCAAAAGUGUGAUCAUGUUGCGAGAUUUCAACAUCAGCGGGAGAGUGGCGUUGGUCGACGUCCCGGGGCUGCUCCUCAUGCUGCAGUUUUGGCGGACGGCCUUCCUCAAGUUCGACCGCAGCCACGGGGAGACCUCCUCCUACCACCUCCGGCCGGCGCUGUGGGAGGCGGGGGUGACGGUGUCCAACAAGGUCCUCGAGUGCCUGGUCCUCCGCUUCGGCAAGAACAGGGUCCUGACUUCCGAGGCCUUCCUCAUGGCCCUUGUGAGACUGCAUCUGGCGCACGAACGUUACCACAGCAUAGACACGAAGAUGAAGGGAAAUCCACUGUCUUUAGAAGAGAUGAUCCUGAUGACUAUAUACUCGUGAUGACUGAGGUAUUGGAAGGUCUGACGUCAUCAACCUGACGUCAUCAACCUGACGUCAUCAACCUGAGGGACUUUCUGGCGCUCUGAGACAACGGUUUCGGUGACGUGUACAUCUUCAGCGGUGUACAUGCGUGCUAUCGGUCUGCGAUGUACUCUUAUAUCAUCAGUCUGGGAUGUACACACACAUCGGGUUGUGAUGUACACUAGUGGUAUUAGUCUGCGAUGUGCAUCCAUGAUAUCAGUCUACGAUGUACAGUAUACCCAUGAUGUCAGUCUGGGAUGUACGCUUAUGAUAUCAGUCUGUGAUGUACACCUAUAUCAUCAGUCUGUGAUGUACACCUGUAUCAUCAGUCUGUGAUGUACACCCAAAUUAUUAGUCUGGGAUGUACAGGUAUGAUAUCAGUCUGUGAUGUAC